GGGGAGGAGGCGGGGGCUGCGAGGGGCCGGGCCCCGGGGCGUCUGCCCCGCGCCGUGGUCGCGGUGUGGGCGGCGGGGUGUAGAACCGCAGCACUGCAAACAUGUCGAUUGGAGUGCCAAUUAAAGUCCUGCAUGAGGCUGAAGGCCAUAUUGUGACAUGUGAGACCAAUACAGGAGAAGUUUACCGAGGCAAACUUAUUGAAGCUGAAGACAACAUGAAUUGUCAGAUGUCCAACAUAACGGUGACAUACAGAGAUGGACGAGUGGCACAGCUUGAACAGGUGUACAUCAGAGGGAGCAAGAUACGGUUUCUUAUUUUACCAGAUAUGUUGAAGAACGCUCCUAUGCUAAAGAGCAUGAAGAAUAAAAACCAGGGUUCUGGAGCUGGACGAGGAAAAGCAGCUAUUCUCAAAGCUCAAGUGGCUGCAAGAGGAAGAGGCCGUGGUAUGGGCCGUGGCAACAUCUUCCAGAAGCGAAGAUAAUCUUGGUCUUGACCGACGUGCAUUUUUUUUUUUAUUAGAGCGUAUUAACUUGACUACAUGUGCAUUGGUAUCAGUUUUGUUUAAUAAAUGUUUCUGACAAAAACUUGUCUGGUCUUGUAUGACAGGACUCCUCUUGGGCAAAUACAUUGUAGGUUGAUUUCAAGCUUAAAAUAGCUUUGUCUGGAAAAUAGUGGAUUUUACAUCUAGAUUUGACUACUUUAUAUUUGUGUGAUGCAUUGACUUUUAAUGUUGCGGUUUUCUUGUUUAGUCCUGUUGCCGUUCAUUCUCUAAAGAAUUGGAAGGCAUUCUUGAUGAAGAAUUUUAAGGUAUUAUGUUUUAAAGUCAUAUUAGCAGCUACAUUUGUGGAACGUACUGCCAAACAGGCAGCUUCCUGAGAAGCAAAGCACUAUGUUCUUUUGCUUUAUACGGAUCUACAAUAGAGGUCCAUCUUCAGAGCUGUACGUGGAGCUUGUAUUCUUGCGUUUCUUAUUUUUCUCUUAGGAUACAGGGAGAAUUUUUCAUUGGGAACACAACAACUUUGAUAGUCUGAGUCUAUAUUUGCAGUGAAAAAUUCUAUUCUAACUUUCUUAGUGGUUCACUUGUUUGUGGGAUUGUUUUUUUUUCUCUCUACCUGGGAAAAGAAGACAGAAUAUAAACCAGACAUUUUCAAGGAUAAAUUUGAAGUGUUUUGUAAAUUUGAAAAGUAGUGCAGGUGUAUAGUGAAAGUCAUAUAAGGGGUUAUCCAUUAAAUACAACUCAAUAGAAAUGCUAAUCUUUUGAACAAAGCGUAGGAGGAUCAACUUUAGCUUUUGGUCUUCACAUCUAUACACAGGCAUAAAGAUCAUCAGCUGAUCUGGAGGAAGCCAAAUGUAGUUGUAACUUUAUUUCUAAAAGUAUAGUGUGGCUGACUUACUGACUUAAAGGCUUGAAAUGUGUGAAUGUUAACGCUUCUGUACCUAAUCACAUACUUGCAUACAGUCAAUUAUCAGUCUGGAAAUGUAUCAGAUACCUAGUCUUGCUUUUCUGCUAUGAUGCUGUGAAGACUCCCUUGUGCGCAGACAUGAAAGUUGAACUAAUGUAUUAAUUUGUUGAAUUUUUGUCUGUAAAUAAAGCUGUAUUUGGUCUCACAUCACUAGAAAAACCCUGCUACAUCUUCUGGGUAGUAAUGAUCCUAAGCAUUUGUAUUAGGAACCUCCUUAAAAUGUGUUUAAGAUGUGCUUGAGCUUAAAUUAUAAGAACACUUUAGUUUCUUGUAUGCCUAGACACAGGAACCCAUCCAAAAGACAAAACAGUUUUCAUAAAGCCCUGCUUCAAAACAUGGCACGUGAGUCAUGUUCAUAUAGCACGAGUGCUUUCCUGAAGAGAUCGUUUCCAACUUGAAAUGACCACUCUAGGGCUUUAGUAAUGAUACGAAACGCUUUCUCGUGGAAAUGUCAUUCUUCAAAUCCACAGUCAUUCUAAGGAGACUGGUGACUGAUACCAGUUGAUCAGGCUGUUUCCCUCUGAGAGUGUAUCUGUGUAAUAUAAGGGCAAAUAAAACUGGUCUGUAUGCAAACUACAACCUUUCUAAUCACUAAUAAUAACAGCUGUUUGUAUGUUCUGGAACUUUAAUAAUCGGUUUGGUUCUAGCUCUUAUGGGAGAGAAGACAUCUCUCUUUUUUUCACAGAAUUUUCUCCCUCUGCCUAAGUAAAGGCUUCUGAAUUUCUCAAGACUGUUGAGAAAGGACAUCUUAAAAUCAACAUGAAGCUGAAGUCCAUUUUGAGUCUUUAUACUGGAAGCCCACUGAGACUGAUGUUUUUUAAGACACAAAGGAAAAAAGAAUUCCAUCCUGUUGCUGUACCAUGAGCUUCAUGGUAAGAAUUGAACUGUCUGCUUAUAGUAUCCCGUCCUGAGGCCUGGGAUCUCUGGAAAUGGGUUGGUAGGUAAUAACAGAUAUUCCUGUUGACAUCUGCUGGUGUUGCUUGUUGCUAUAGAGUGGUAUAUGAGGAGUCCACUUUCCUAGUAGGUAGUAGUAUGGCCAUUUGAAGUAGAUGUCUUUUAUUUGCAGUCUGUUAACUGGUCUUACUGCUUUUAACCCAUCGGGCUUGUGAUUGUGUUGCUAAUUGAGUAGGAAUUUUUGUACAGUGGAGUUGCACUACUGUCACUACAGGCAGAACAGGAAUGGCAUGAUGCCUGAUUGCUUUCUGUGUAACUUGAGGCAAGUGUCUGCUGUGAGAUUUUAUAGGGUGCUUCUUCAGCAGCUAGAACUGCCUUCUCUUUCCAAAGCAAACACCUAAUAGAAAUCUGAGAUUGAUUAGUGCAACAAUUAACUGCCAUAAAUAUAAACUAGUGUCGGAUGGAGCAUGUGUGUGUUGAAGGAUGUGGCAAGCUGUUCUGCUAAAGGCUGUGGCUAAUGUACAGUGAGUGACAGAAGUCACCGUUACCUUGUUUAGUAUCAGGAGAGACAAGAGGCGUACUCACAGUUUGAGCAAAGAGCAAUCGCUUUGCCAGAACCGCUUUGUGUCUGGCUUCUCUUGGGUGUCCCUGUAACCUCUUGAGGAAACUAACAGUAAGGAUUGCCGCUUCUUUUUUUUGCUGGGACUAUCUGGUACUUCUCAGCCCUCAAAACUGCUUCCUUUUUCUGUAAAGCCUCCAAAAAGAAAUAUUAAUAUGUGGAAAAGGAAGUAAGUCACAGAUGGGGGACCUGACUAAAAGUAUUUUUUUGGAAGAGAUUCAAGAUUUUGGCAAGACUGCAAAUCUGGCCUAUUGGCUUUGCACCUCACUGUUUCCUUCUGCCUGAUAAGUAUCAUGUAGCCUUUUCUGAAGGUUACAUGCUUCUUUUGCAGAGGGCAGGGAGGAAUGGCACCUGUUUUGAACAUGUACAGCUACUGGAAUGGCAAAGGCUUUGAAACACCGAAGGGCACCCUAAAAAGUAUAAUGGUUAAAUGCUAUUUAAGCAAAUUAAAACUGCCUGGCAGUAACAGGUUUGUUGGGGAUUGUUUCCGCUGACGAUGAUUGGCUUACCUUUUCUAUUGGUUUUUAAAGUUGCUGUUCCUUCUUCCUGUGCAAUGCCAGGCUUCUGUUCUCUCCACUGAGACCUUUCUUCCCUGAAGCAGUUGAUGUGGCGUUCAGCAGCACUGAGGGCAGGCGGACAACCUUGAAUUUCGGAAAGAAACAAGAGCCCUCCCCAGCAGGUCUGACUGACAGAACAAACUGCAGCAUAUCUGCUUUAAGAAGUUUCUACCCCUUCCGAUGUUUCUCACCCUCUAUAUUUGUGACUGUCCACUGAGCACGCAAAAAGAAACUUUUUUAAAAACCUU